AUGAAGAAGAAGUACCAAGUUACAGCAAGGGCUAAGAAGCAACAGCUUCAAGCACUUCGUUUGGAGUUCGAAAUACUUCGAAUGAAAUCAGGAGAAUCAGUUACAGACUAUUUUUCGAGAACGAUGGCAAUCGUUAACAAGAUGUGGAUCCAUGGCGACAAGACAGAGGAAGUUCUCAUUGUUGAGAAGAUUCUUCUAUCCUUAACACCAAAUUUUAAUUAUGGUGCUUGUGUUAUAAAAAAAGCUAAUGAUGUUAGUUUAUUGUCAAUUGGUGAGUUACAAAUUUCUUUGUUGGUUCAUGAGCAAACAAAUAACCAGUAG